CAACAGUAACACAACGUACAAAUAUAAUAUGGCUUAAAGCUCUACUACAAAACCCAGACCUACAAAAUUAUGCAAUAUCACUUUAGAAUAUCUGUCAUAAACUAGAAGUUCCACAAAACCAUAUAUCUAUAUACAACCCGCAGCUACGUGUACUGUGCGACGUGUCCACUUUGACUCACCAAACUUAUAUUCCAAAAGCGAAAAGAGUGGAAAAAAAAAAAGGAGAGAAAAGGAAAAAGAGAGAAAAAGAAAAGCUCAUCCUCUCUGGUCUUCAAUUUCCACGUCCAAGUAAAUUUCUCAUAUGUUUUUCUCGCGUUUACAAGUUUGUAUUUCUUUCCAAAUUACAGAAAAGCGGCUUUUUAUUGUUAGUUUUUAAGCUUUUAAUUAGCUUCAUUCGUAUUUUUCUUGUACGUUAACGGCAAACCCUUGUGCGAACUUCCUCAAACUUUGACUUCUACUAUUCCCAUUCAAUUACGUUUGGUCUACAUUACAAUUUGGAACGAGGCAUGCACAGCACAACUUAACAAGCAAUUAGCAUUCACAUUCAUUAUUAGGUCACCGUGGUGCAUGCUGAAGCGAUCAUUAAUUAACACUUUGUAGCUAGAGUGCUAGAGUUUAAUUAACUUAUUCGUAGAGAUCAAACUACAAACUGUGGCGGAGUUCGAAAUUUGAACCGGACUAAAUUCGAACCUUAUCGACUAUAUACAUUUCUAAAAUUUACAUGUACUUUUAUCCUUAUUUUAAAAUGGGUUAUAGGUAUAAUAUAUCCAUCUACUAUGAUGUUUUAUCAAAUAUGUUCAUUUACUAUUUUUUACAUCAAACAUGCCCCUGUACUUUGUAAAAAUUAUCAAACAUACACUUUUGUUAAAAUUUUCAUCCAAAAACCGUUAACCAACGCUGAACUUUGGUUUGGGCGACACAAAUGUCUAAAAUGUCCCUAAUAAUUUCACUUUAUAAUUUUUUUGGCCAAAUAAUUUCACUUUAUAGAGACCCAGAGAAAUAAAACGGGGGGCAAAAAUGAUAUUUUCCCUCCCAUUUGCCGAUGUCGGGUCGUCUAAAUCUCGGUUCAAUCAUGAUUGACGAUUUUACAAUGGAAAUUUUAGCAUAAGGGCAUGUUUGAUAAUUUUGUCAAAGUGCAGGGGCAUGUUUGAUGUAAAAAAUAGUAAAGGGACAUGUUUGAUAAAAUAUCAUAAUAAAAGGACAUAUUAUACCUAUAACCCUUUUAAAAUUGAAUAAGACUAAAAUCCUUACUAAUUAACUUCAAUCUAACUCCACCCCUAAGUACUAGGGGUGAACAAACACACCCGCAAACCGACCCACCCGUCCAACCCGACCCAACCCACCCGUAUUUAUCGCUAAAACGAAGGUUUUGGGUUGGGUGAGGAUUUUCUUUUGCACAACCCGCCUCUUUUGGGUUGGGUUUGGAUUUUUUAUUACACAACCCGUAGAACCCGACCCAACCCGUGUUCCAAUUAUUGGUAUGAGUUCGUAACCAAAAAAAUAUUUAUGUAGUAUAUAGUCAUACUUAUGAGAAAAUUAAGAUAUUUUGCCAUGUUUUUCUCUUAAGGUCUCCCUAAUCUAAUGCAUUCUUCGGCUUAAAGUUUAGACAUAAAUUUAAUAUAGCUAUGAUUCACGUAAUUUUUUUUCUUGUGUACAAUUUUAAUAGAAUAACAUAUUUUGGAUGCGUUCAUUUGUAACCUUUUUAGCCUAUUUCAACAAAUGUCAUGAAAAAAACUAGACAUAAGUUGAAGUAAAUCAAAUUUUAUGAAAAUUCAAACAACAUUUGUGAAUUUUGAUACCUUUCACCUUGGUUUAUUCGUUUGAAUUUUUAAUUAGCUAUAAAAUAUUUUUAUGAAGUAGAAUAAUUACAUAUUUUUGUGUUGGGUUGGGUUUUUAUUUAAAUAUAUCGCCAACCCGACCCAACCCAAUUAGAAACAAACCGUAGGGUUUAGAUUUUUUUGAUUGGGUUUGAGUUUAAUAUUUCCCAAACCGUAGUACAUGGAUCGGGUGAUUAAAAUGUCUAAACCCGGACCACUCGACCCAUGUACACCCCUACCCCUAACUACAAAACACCAUUUUUAGUGGACCGGCUCGAUCGCUCCCGCAGUGGUCUUUUUUCAGUGUGCAAAUACAUAGAUAUUAUUAUUAGUAAAUCACUCGCCAUUAAACUAAUACAAUAUUUGCUCGUUAUAGUGAUGAUGAAUACAAAAUUGUCAAUAAUUUAUUAUCAAAAAGGAAAACAACUUUGGGUAAAAAGAAGCUACCUGAAGAUCAAAUAUGGUGUUGAACGUGUCGAAAUAGGAGAGCAGCCAUUUUGCUCUCCUCGUCUAUAAAUAAAUGAAGCUAAUCAUAAUUCCCAAGCCAGCUGCUUCGCAAUUUGACAAAUCGCAUAUAUUUCCAAGCCUAACUUGACAGGAACCACAUCCACGUGUCGGCAAACCAACCCCUGCCGUCGACACAUUCUACGAUGAUCUGCCACUUCUCUUUCGCUCGCGUCCAUGCAAAAAAAAAAUAUAUAGGUACCACUUUUUCUCUACUUAUUUGUCCCAUUUGCAUUUUUGCUACACAAACUUCCAAACACACUUACACGUGUCCGCGUUUUCGGCCUGCCCUUUCCUACUUUUCGUCACAGGUUCAUGCACAAACGAACGAGAGUCAGCCAGAAGAAAAAGCCGCUCUUUUCCCAAAUUUCCACCUGUGCUGUUUUAGGCAGCCGAGUUCUCAACUUCCUCCUCUACUUACUUAAAUACCCAUUUUUUCUCAAUUAAGUGACGAUUUUCCAAAAUUUGACCAUGUAAUUAAUUUAGUUUUUACUAGUCACACCAACACAAGAUGGUAAUUAAUUAGAGCGUGGAAUCAGGGAAUUGGGACACGUGAAACUGGCAAUAUAUCCCACUUUGCCGGCGUGGGGGCUUUGCUUUUGGGCUUUGACUGGUUGGGUUGGGUUGGGUUGGGCUGGGGUGCUCUUUGGAUAAGGUCGGCCGUAUUGAUCCAGGCACGUGGCCGACUUUAACCGUCAGAUACAAAGUAAAAACCGGGGCCCAUCUGCCCAACAAGUGUGACAAGGACGACCGUACUUAUCUCUCUCCCUCUCUCUGGUUUUUUUUACGCGGCGCCUUAUAUAUACGAGUCGACACGCCCAUCUAACAGAAGAAAGAAAGAAAGAACACUUGGCAACCAAAUCCACAAGCCAUCACCAAGAAAGAAUUCGAGAGGAUUCUCAUUACUACCCAGCCCCAUUUUCGACCCAGCUCGGUCCAUCGAUUGAUUUGAGAGAUAAAAAUGGGUGUGCAAGACAAAGACCCACUAGCUCAAUUGAACCUGCCCCCGGGUUUCCGGUUCUACCCAACCGAUGAGGAACUUCUGGUUCAGUACCUCUGCCGGAAAGUCGCCGGCCAUCCCUUCUCGCUGCAGAUCAUCGGGGAGAUUGAUCUCUACAAGUACGAUCCAUGGGUUUUGCCAGAGAAGGCUAUGUUUGGGGAGAAAGAGUGGUACUUCUUCAGCCCCAGAGACAGGAAGUACCCGAACGGGUCGCGGCCCAACCGGGUGGCCGGGUCCGGUUACUGGAAGGCAACCGGUACCGACAAAGUGAUCACGACCGAAGGGCGUAAAGCCGGGAUCAAGAAGGCUCUGGUUUUCUACGUCGGGAAGGCUCCGAAAGGGACCAAGACCAAUUGGAUCAUGCACGAGUAUCGCCUUCUCGAUUCCACCCGCAAGCACGGCAGCACAAAGUUGGACGAUUGGGUUCUCUGCCGGAUAUACAAGAAAAAUUCGGGCGGGCAGAAACCCAUGCCCGGUCUAUCGACCCAAGAGCAGAGCAACAACGGUUCCUCGUCGUCGUCCUCGUCCCACUACGACGACGUACUCGACUCCUUGCCGGAGAUGGACGAGCGUUUCGUUGCUAAACCAAUGUCCCAAGAGGACAGGAAGCUGAGCUUGAGCAAAUUGGGUUCGGGCAGCUUCGACUGGGCCAGUCUUCUCGGGUUCAACCCUGCACCCGAACAGAGCGCGAACCAGACCCAACAGCAAAUUACAAUUAACCCCAACACCGCCGGUCCCAACGACUUCUACGUCCCUUCCAUCUCGCAAGGCACAGCGGCCGCAGCUAAUUUCGACGUGGAUUUAUCCAACACGCUGAAGAUGAACAGCAGGGCUGCCAUGGAAGAAGAGGUUCAGAGCGGGGUCAGGAGGCAGAGUCAGAACCAGAGCCAGAAAGUGGACAACUCGAGCUUCUUGCACCAAAACGCCGGCUUCUCGAUGACCCAAAAUUUCAUGUCAUCGAACCCGUUAUUAAACCCGUACGGGUACCGCUACCCGGCCAAACCCACCACCGGAUUUGGAUUCAACCACUGAAAAAUGUGAUUGAUGGGAUCUGUAAAUAAAACUAGGAUUCUUUGGGUCUAACCUUUGGGAUUUGGCUUCUUUUUUUACGAGGAAUGGGACAAGGAAUUAGAUUCGAAUUCGAUGUACAAUCAACCAAAAUCCGCUGUUGUAACAAUCCAUUAGCUAGUAGCUUGUACUUGAUCUCGAUUGAUCGUAAUAUCAAUCCAUCUGGAUUUGAUAGCAAAUUGUUGCAGCCUUGCAGGUUUUGAUCUUCAGGCAGGGGACUGUUAGCGGUAAUGGGCUGAGUUGGGCUAUGAUUGUAUUUGGUUAGCUUGUGAUAGGCCCAUUGUUGAAGUAGCAUGUACGUAGGAGUUUGUGGCGGUAACCGAACCCUAGCAAGUGAUUACGUGAGCUAGGGUUAGGCAAAUAUAUAUACAUGUAAACUGACGAUGUACCGAUCUAAGGGAAAACCUAAUAAGAUCAUCAGCUCGGA